AUGGUAGGAAAACGCGCUUCUAACGGAAGUGGGGCAGCUAAUAUCAAAAAACAAAAGAGUGAAAAUACCAAAGAACUUCAUUGGCAAUUGAAUGAUUCUGGUAAAAAGAGGGUGACUCUUUCAGACUUUCGUGGAACUACAUAUGUACAUAUUCGUGAAUAUUAUGAGAAGGAUGGAGAAAUGCUCCCUGGAAAGAAGGGGAUCGCAUUGAAUCCGAAUGAAUGGAUGCAAUUCAAACGUAUGGUUGGAGAGGUGACCGAUGCUCUUGGGUUAGUAGACGAGGAUGAAGAUGAGGAAGAGAAGAAAGAAAAUGCGGAUUUCGAAACCACAAGAAAGGAAGAACAAGAAUCAACCGAUACCAAACAUGAACCUAAGCAAGAAGAAGGAUCCAAGGAGGAGAAUCAAUCCGGUAGUGAAGACGAAAAAUAA